UGAAUAUAUUUUUGUAUUUAUAAUUAAUGCAUAUCAUAACUAAAUCGAUAAGUAAUCAAUAUGAACAUUCUUGUCUAAGCCAUACGAUCGAUUCUAUACGUGUUAUUGAGCUUGUACUGCAUGUUGUUAUUAUAAAUUGGUUACAAGGCUUAUAAUUAGCAGCGCCGUUUAAAAAUAUGGGUCAGUCUCCAUAAACAAUAAUCAAAGUCGCUGCGCUGCCAGCGGAGCAGGUGUUACUAAAGUGGACGCAUCAGAAAUGCACACAACUCAUUUGUGGAGGUGACGACCUCUUGCGUGUGGCUGCAACGUGGCGCGCAUAUAAAAGCCUAGACGCCAGUUAUGCCAUCUAACACAUUUGCAAGAUGUGUGCCUGGAGCAAGUGUUUGUAUCUGCAGCUUUGGCUGUGCCUGUGUCUGGAACUGUGUGGCGGGCUGAGCAUGAUCUCGCCGGAGCGAAUCUCGGCGGAGGAAAACUUAGCGUCCAGUUGUGUGAGUCAGCGUCUUAUCGAGCGACAUCGUUUGAAUCCAGCGCUUUAUGGCAAUUGCGCGCAGCAACGGCACAAGCGACGUGUGGAUGCCACAUUUCAUGGUAAUCCCAAGCCACGCUCGGAGCUGCUGGCACAGAAAUUUCUCAGCGCCUUUAACUUUGAGCAGACCAACUCGCUGGUGGUGCUGGUCAAUGCCAUAGCAGAGAAGUAUUUGGCCAAGUGUCCGCCUGUUAUUUACUACGACAAGUUUGUGCAGCAAUCAGAAGGUUUAAUAUUGGAAAAUCUGUUUAAGACUAUGCGCAUAACAUUUUAUCAUGGCGAUAUUAAUGAACGUUACGAGCCAGAGAAUCGUCAAUUUACCAAACACAUUGAUAACAAUUGCAAAAGCUAUAUAUUGUUCUUAUCGGAUCCAUUGAUGGCAAACAAGAUUCUGGGACCGCAAACAGAGAGUCGCGUUGUUCUCGUUUCACGCUCUUCGCAAUGGAAGCUGCGUGAUUUUCUUAGCUCGUCGGCAUCAUCGAAUAUUGUUAAUCUGCUGGUCAUAGGCGAAUCUUUAAUGUCCAGUCCACUGCGCGAACGUCCUUAUGUUUUAUAUACGCACAAGCUUUAUGCUGACGGCCUUGGCUCCAAUGUGGGCUUGGUGCUAACCAGCUGGCUUAAGGGCGGCUUGACGCGUCCACAUAUCGAUUUGUUUCCCACCAAGUUUGACAAUGGCUUUGCUGGUCAUCGCUUCCAGGUGUCGGCAGCCAAUUCGCCGCCAUAUAUAUUUCGCAUUAAGACACUCGACUCGACGGGCAUGGGUCAGCUGCGCUGGGAUGGCAUCGAGUAUCGUUUGCUUAACAUGAUUGGCAAGCGUCUGAACUUUUCGGUGGAUAUAACGGAGACGCCUGCGCUGGCCAACACGCGCAGCAUUGUGGAGAAUUUGCAAAUUCAGCUGCAGCGACGACACAUGGACAUUGGCAUGUCGGGCAUUUAUAUCACAGAGGAGCGUCUGACCGAUACGGAUAUGUCUGUGGGACAUUCGCGCGAUUGUGCAGCAUUCAUAACGCUCGCCUCGAAGGCAUUGCCCAAGUAUAGAGCUAUUAUGGGUCCCUUUCAGUGGCCCGUUUGGGUUGCGCUCAUCUGCGUUUAUCUGGGCGGCAUAUUUCCCAUUGUGUUUACGGAUCGUCUGACCCUCAGCCACUUGCUUGGCAACUGGGGCGAGGUGGAGAAUAUGUUUUGGUAUGUCUUUGGCAUGUUUACCAAUGCCUUCACCUUCAACAGUCAAUACUCCUGGAGCACUACGGAAAAGACAUCGACACGUUUGCUCAUCGGCGCCUAUUGGUUGUUUACGAUUAUCAUAACAUCUUGUUAUACGGGCUCGAUAAUUGCUUUUGUUACGCUGCCUGCAUUUCCGGAUACGGUGGACUCGGUUAUGGAUUUGCUGGGUCUGUUCUUUCGCGUCGGCACGCUGGAUAAUGGCGGCUGGGAGGAUUGGUUUCGCAACUCUACACACGAGCCCACAUCCAGGCUGUACAAGAAAAUGGAGUUUGUGGGCACGCUGGAGGAGGGCAUAGGUAAUGUGACGCAAUCCUGGAUUUGGAACUAUGCCUUCUUGGGCUCCAAGUCGCGUCUGGAGUAUUUGGUGCAGUCCAACUUUUCCGAUGAAAAUCUUUCCAAGCGCUCUGCUCUGCAUUUAAGCGAGGAAUGCUUUGCGCUCUUUCAGAUUGGAUUCAUGUUUCCUCGCGACUCUGUGUACAAGCGCAAGAUUGACACAAUGAUUAUGUAUGCACAGGAGAGUGGUUUGAUGAUUAAACUGGGCCAUGAGGUUAGCUGGACUAUGCAGCGCUCCUCCACGGGUCGUUUGCUGCAGGCAACUGCCAGCUCAUCGCUGCGUGAGCUUAUACAGGAGGAGCGGCAGCUGACUACGGCAGAUACGGAGGGCAUGUUUCUGCUAAUGGCCAUUGGCUAUUUGAUGGGCGCCACUGCUUUGGUGUCGGAAAUUGUGGGCGGCAUUACCAACAAAUGUCGUCAGAUUAUAAAACGCUCGCGUAAAUCCGCCUCCAGCACUUGGUCCUCCAGGCAUGGCUCCGCCGUGGCACGCACUGACGUCGAGCAGGAGGCGCAUGAUGUGCGCAAGGCAGCGCGUCGCCAGGCUGCGGACGAUGCCAAUCAGCGCAUGGGCUUUGGCAUGCGUGAAUUCAAUUUGACCAGAGCAACGCUGCGUGAGCUUUACAAUUCCAGUCGCGGCGAGGCAGAGCCGGAAGCGCGUGUAGCUGCACAUGUGGCAGCGUCUGCGGAGCCAUCUGAAGUGUAUUCUGCACUAGAUGGGCUCGAUGAGUUUAUUGCUCAACUGGAGCUGGCCGCAGACCAGAGCGUUGUAGCUGAUGAAACGGUGGAGCAGUUGUUUGGCCAGCAGUUGAGCGAGGACACGGAGCAAGCAGCAGACGCGCAUGAAGCUGAAGAGUGAGUCCGCUGCAUUUAUUAAAUACUAAAAACUUUGCUGCUAA